CAGCUGCUCUGGGUUCCUCCGGCCGAGGCCCCGGCGGCUGCGGCAGACCAGUGGGGUGGGCAGGAGGAGGUUCGGAGGGCGCGGGCGCCCUGUGCACGGAGCGGGCGUGAGGCAGCCGGGCUCCGGGACGCCAUGUCCAUGGAGGACCCCUUCUUUGUGGUGAAAGGAGAGGUACAGAAAGCAGUCAACAUUGCCCAGGGAUUAUUUCAGAGAUGGACAGAGCUCCUCCAGGACCCCUCUACGGCAACGAGGGAGGAAAUCGACUGGACCACCAAUGAGCUGAGGAACAACCUCCGGAGCAUAGAGUGGGAUCUCGAGGACCUUGACGAGACCAUCAGCAUAGUUGAAGCAAAUCCUAGAAAAUUCAACCUCGAUGCAACUGAAUUGAGUAUAAGAAAAACCUUCAUCACAAGUACUCGGCAAGUUGUCAGGAACAUGAAGGAUCAGAUGUUGGCUGCAUCUGUGCAGGCAUUAGCAGAACGAAAAAAUAGACAGGCACUCCUCGGGGACAGUGGUGGCCAGAACUGGAGCACGGGAACGACAGACAAAUACGGGUGCCUCGAUCGCGAGCUUCAGUUAGCCAACUCCCAUUUCAUUGAGGAGCAGCAGGCGCAGCAACAGUUGAUCGUGGAACAGCAGGAUGAGCAGUUGGAGCUGGUCUCUGGCAGCAUCGGGGUGCUGAAGAACAUGUCCCAGUGCAUCGGAGGGGAGCUGGAGGAGCAGGCCGUGUGA